UGAAAAGCCAUCUUUGCAUUGUUCCCGUGUUCGGCUCCCCGCUCGUCGCAGCCACCUCUGCCGCGCGCCUCCAACACCGCCGCCGCGGACUCCAGCAGCUUCAUCGCCAGAGUCAUUGAACUCUAGCUUUCUUUCAAAUUCACUGCUUCGGAUCACCGGCGUGCCCCAUCAUGUCAGACGCGGCCGUGGACACCAGCUCCGAGAUUACCACCAAGGUGAGGCUGGACGCCUCCCGCCCCUUCGAGGACUUGAAAGAGAAGAAGGAAGUUGUGGAGGAGGCCGAGAAUGGGAGAGACGCACCUGCUAAUGGGAAUGCUAAUGAGGAAAAUGGGGAGCAGGAGGCCGACAAUGAGGUAGAUGAAGAAGAAGAAGAAGGCGGGGAGGAGGAGGAGGAGGAGGAGGAAGGUGAUGGUGAGGAAGAGGAUGGAGAUGAAGAUGAGGAGGCUGAGUCAGCAACAGGCAAACGGGCAGCUGAAGACGACGAGGAUGAUGAUGUUGACACCAAGAAGCAGAAGACUGAUGAGGAUGACUAGACAGCAAAAAAGGAAAAGUUAAACUUAAAAAAAAAAAAAAAAGGCCACCGUGACCUAUUCACCCUCCACUUCCCGUCUCAGAAUCUAAACGUGGUCACCUUCGAGUAGAGAGUCCGGCCCGCCCACCCACUGUGGGCAGCGCCACCCGCAGAUGACACACGCUCUCCACCACUCAACCAAAACCACAACGUGAAUUUGCAACAGGGGAGGAAAAAAGAACCAAAACUUCCAAGGCCCUGCUUUUUUUCUUAAAAGUACUUUAAAAAGGAAAAUUUGUUUGUAUUUUUUAUUUACAUUUUAUAUUUUUGUACAUAUUGUUAGGGGUCAGCCAUUUUUAAUGAUCUCAGAUGACCAAACCAGCCUCCGGAGCGUUCUCUGUCCUAUUUCUGACUUUACUUGUGGUGUGACCAUGUUCAUUAUAAUCUCAAAGGAGAAAAAAAACCUUGUAAAAAAAGCAAAAACAACAACAAAAAAACAAUCUUAUUCCGAGCAUUCCAGUAACUUUUUUUGUGUAUGUACUUAGCUGUACUAUAAGUAGUUGGUUUGUAUGAGAUGGUUAAAAAGGCCAAAGAUAAAAGGUUUUCUUUUUUUUUCCUUUUUUGUCUAUGAAGUUGCUGUUUAUUUUUUUUGGCCUGUUUGAUGUAUGUGUGAAACGAUGUUGUCCAACAAUAAACCGGAAUUUUAUUUUGCUGAGUUGUUCUAACAAA